UUAAGAUAAGAGAGGAAAGGAUCAUCUGCCGUGUUCUUCAGCAGUCACUUAUGUAUGAAGAUCAGGUAUUGUGCAUUGAUAAGACACUUUUCUAGCAUUUUGUGAAAUUAAUUAUAGUUCAAAGAGUUUUGUUUAGGGGAAUCGAAGAAACAUUUCAUCCUUAUUACCGCUGUAAAUCUUUAAAGAACUUGCACUCACAGGAUAAGGCAAUGUAACAAUGAGCAGCAAUACGCAAAUUUUCUGUAAAUAACUGACAGUUUAACAUUCCGAGCACGUGGAACGGCAAAGCGUGAUAAGUUGGGGGACAUAUGCCUGAGCAUGAAGAGUUCGUAUCACUAAACCCGAGGGUUGUUUAGAGAUGAGAUGUAUGCUGGGAACGCCGAUAGCCGAGAUCGGAGGCGCACACACACAAAUUAGACGAUUUGAUAUGCUUUUUACACUGCGUAUUUCUCCGCCUGACUCACUUGCUGAACAGGUUGAUAGACCUUCACAGCGUUGGGGAAAGAGUUCUUAACACCAUACUCUUUUAAUAUCAGAAAGUUAGUUAGGCCACCUUGUCUACCACAGAGAUCAAAUCUGUACUUUUAGGUGAGAUACGUGGGAGGGGAGGGAGUGAAGAGCGAGUCUUACCACACAUACACGCAGCACGCACACGCGACAACACGCAAACCUGUAGAUUAUCAUACUGCACCUCACAACAGUGGCUUGAAAGUAUCGCCCUCCCUGUUGAUUUCGUCAACUCUAAGGAAUAAUUAUGUGCAGCAUUUUGUACAUUCUGAUGUUGGCAUCAUUUCCCCCUCGCUCUCCUGUGUUUUGCCAUGUCCACAGCUUACGAUGAUGUAGGCGUCUUUCUACUCCUUGUCGACAGUUAAUUAAUCAACCCUCGUACGGCAUUAGUUCAACAUGCUGGCAGCGGCACGCGAUAUCGAAUUCUGUGCAUUAGCCUCGGCUUUCGAUCUGCGUGCGCGCACGCUUGAUGUGGUAUUUGCUAUGGUGAACGGAGGAUGAACUCACUAGAAUUAACAACUCUGUGUGUGUGUGUAGUUUUUUUUUUCAUGCUUUUGCUCACUCAUAUAUAUAAUUAAGUGAACGAAUGUAAAGCUUAUCUUGUUUCUCCAUCCGCUGUUUUCCUGUUACAUAACCCCGUCUGUGAAAUUUAGCAUACCUACACUCUCCAUAAAAUGGUUUUUCUUUGUCUAUUUUUUCAUUUGCGUGUCUUUGCUCUUGACUUUUCUCAAUCAAUGGGAAUAUCAGAUGAAUUAAUUUACUUAUAUAAAAUGUUACGUGAUAUUACAUACCUGCUGGAUGAAAAUUGCUGCAUAUAAAUUUUUUGACGUCUGGAUCCAUGAACAGAAAAAGCAAAAGCAAAGAUGAUUUGAAACACAAGAAAAUUUAAAGGUAGCAAUUUGCUAGAAUCUUCAACCGUAGAAAAGAGUUUUGUUUCAGCAAAUGGAAGUUUAUAAAUUACAUUAGGUGGACGAUCGAGUGAAAUUACGGGGAGGGGGAAGGGGAGUAAGGGAGCUACAGAAAGCUAGAAAACUGUGUAAUUUCUGUCUAGUUAUGUCAGAAAUGUUAGGACCGAUGUCAUCGUAGAGGACAGAUAAGUCAAAGCUAUAAAUUUGAGUAUCUUUGGUGGAAACUGUAAAUUAAAUCUUUUGCUGGUCAAACAUGUAAUUACUAGUAAGACAUGUUAUGGACACUGUAGCCCUAUUUUAACAACGACAAAGGUAUCUCAUAUAAUAGCACUCUUCAGAUAUACUGUAUAUCUUAUCAUAUAUAUAUACCGUAAAGUUUCUAUUAUGUAUUAUAACGAAAGUCUAAGCAGUUCAGAGGUAGCCAGACAUCACUUAGCUACUAACAUCUGGCCUAUUGCUACAGACCUGAGAUAUCGCUUUCCUUCAUCGCGGAAGAGGAAUGGGAAGAAUGUAUUGAAGUCUUACAAAUCACUUUAUAACAAGGUAGUAAUACCACCACACUGUAACACACAACCUAACAUUAGUUCUCUUGUCACUGCCCUUCUGGUUUAAAGGACAACACUAGUGCAGCAUUUGUUCUUUAUGAUCGAGCUAAGUUCUUUUUAAAAUAAUUAUUCCCAAAAUGUGAGUAGACAAUUAUCAUUUUUGUUAUAUUGGCUGUUUAAUGGCUGUAUAUAAUCAUAAUGGCUUUAUUCUUUUCGAUACAUUGACUUUAUCCAUUUUGACACCUAAACAUAGUGUUUUGGUACAUUAGCAUUAGCUGUACCUUAUCUGAUAAAUGAGGCAAGAACUUUCGCUGCUUUUGUUCAUCUCUUUCAUAGCCAUUGUCUGCUUUGUGAUUCUUUGAGUACAUUUUCUCCCAAUUCAAAAAAAUAAUUUUAUUAUUGCAUUAUAGCGUUUCAAAUGCGUCGAUCUGAAAGACGGAUAGUUAUAUGUCGUUUGCUUGCUUGCUUCUCCUAUUGCUGGGAAAGGGAGGAAGAUCAAAGAAGAAUUAGAAGGUGAGGCAACGUGAGGAAUGACAUUUUUUGUAGUGUGCCCAGCCCCUAAACUUGGAUUCUCCUGGCAUCUUUCUUGUACCUUAUAUCAGUUAGUUUGUUGUUGUUGUUGUGUUGUUGUUGUUGUUUUUUUCUCUAGUGAGUGACGUCCCUAUUAAGUCAGCCACUAGAGUCAUGGUUGAGGUUGACUUUGUCGGCACUGUUGCUGAAACAGACAGGGAGUUCGUCGAUGGAAGAACUACAGAAAAGCCUAUGAUUCCUACAGAAGACUGUUUGAUACUGCAGUGGCAUUCUUCGAGCAAUUCGGACGUUAUUAGCCUCGACGCAUUGACUGCAAUAAACCGCAUCACCACAUCCUACCUGUUUCCUCUGCUCUUCUUGUUCGGCGCCGUGGGGAACAUUCUCUCGAUGGCUGUCUUCUGUAAACUCGGCCUGCGAGAGCGAAUCAACCUCUGCCUGUUUGCCCUAGCGGCUGUGGACUUUAUCGUUGUUUCCUAUGCAUUUGCUCUCCACUCGGAGUCGUUUUACAUGCGUUUCACAGCUCGAAACAGACGGCGGACUUAUGGUGUAGUAUACACGUUCCUCGUCAAAUAUUGUACAGGUCUAAUCGGUUUCGGCAGGUUGUCGCAGUUCCUGUCGGCAGUUGUCGCUGUAGAGAGAUGCGCCUGCGUUGCCAGUCCAUUCCGCGCACGCAAACUGGUGAGGACCUCCACCAUGGCCGCUGUGAUCGCAGUUGCUGCCUUGGUCCUAGUUGGUGGGAUGUUUGGUGUGAUUGGACAAAAGUACACCGUCGUUUGUAUCUACGAUCCCUUGACAAAUAUAACGAGGGACGCUCUCUACGUUACUAAGUUCUACCUCAAGCAUAAAGACAUCCUAGACACAGUCGACGUAUUUGUCAUGUCUACUGCUUUUCCCGCAAUAUUCCUCGGUCUUGUCAUCUUCACCUCGGUCUUCACGACAACCAAGCUAUGGUCAAGCCUUGCAUGGCGUGCAACCUCUGUGAUGUCACAAAACCCUGCAAAGGUGUUGGCUGCGACUGCGGCGGCGGCAGUGUCACCGAAAGAAGUCGCACUAACAAAGAUGCUAAUUUCAACGUCGGUUCUUUUCAUAGUAUGCUCGGCACCUAACCUUGCUGUCCAGCUGGCCUCUUUCUUCGCAUCUGACCUGAAAGAGGGGGGUCGCUACGACAAUCUUGUGCAGGUCCUCCAUUUGGUACGCUUGUUAAGCACCGACAUCCAAUGCUCCCUUAGCUUUGUCGUCUAUUACAAAACGGGUUCCAGAUAUCGCAGUACAGUACGACAGUUGCUAAAGUGUCAUGCAGACUCGCAAGAAUUCAAGUAUAAUAACUCCAGUGGCAAAAUGACCUCGGGUUAGUUCUGAGUCUCGACUGGUUACAGAAAACUACCUGGCUAUUUAAUGACAUGAUGAAAUAGUGGUAAACAUUUGUUUUCUUGAGUACACAGUUUCCAUGAUGUUUUUUUCAGCUUUCAAUAUCGGGUAGACUUGUUAAAGGCCUUAUUUUUGCGACAUUAAUAGCAAGUUUUUAUACUUGAAGCUUUGUAGUGACAGUUGUGCUAUAUUACGUCAGUAAGUCGGACUCUGCUUUCUUGACCUCGAAUGAUGACCGGACAUUAGGCUUUGCUUCAAACUCGAGAGACUGGUUACAUGGACCAAGUGCUUAGCACAAAGCUGCGACUAUUGUUUCACUACCCCUUUAUACCAGUAUUUUAUUUUAUUCUUUUUACGGUAGCCAAUACAAUGCUAUAGGUAACUGUAAUUCGUUUUAUUCGAAUUAUGGCGCCAUAGGGCAGCGAUAAAGACUCGACUUUCCAUUCUAACACUGAAGAUUUGAUACUCUUUGAGUUUUUAAUUUUCCCUUUCGUAUACCCGUUUUGUCUUUUCUUUUGUUCAUUUUGCCGAACUCGUCGACAUGCUGGUUUGGCUGAGUACCGGAUUCACCAUACACAAAGGGAUUUACAACGCCACCAAACGAUGAGUUGCAAAAUACAUCCUCAUGGCCAAGGUAAUAUAUAUUCAAUCCCAGAUAAUCAACUGCAUCCUUUCUAAGAGACUAUUAGACAUCUGCAGUCAUAUGAGUGGACAACACGGCAACACCUCUGGCCGCUGCCUACCUCGCCUCACAGGUAUCGCAGGUUUUUAGCGACUGCUUUCCUCACAAGAUCUCAGAGAUUCGAUCAUACCUAGACGCUGUGUCGGCACCUGACAGCAUCUCUUAUGAUAUUCUUUCUCGAUGUUAUUUUAUCAAAUUCCGACCAGUCUGCGAGGCCGAUUUAAAGGCGAUCAUUCUCAGGGAUAAACCAGCAACCUUCUUCUCGAGUGCCUAAAUGUUUUGUUUCCUGCCAACACAACUAUUGUUAAUGUCAGUUUAUGGCCAGUCAGAUGAGAAAAAGAUGUUAUUGGAAGGCAAAGUAUUCAUAUGCUUAUGACAUUUAGUCAAAUCUCCUCUUGCUAAAUGUUCAUGACACGUCAUCAGAUUUUGUUUCCUAAAUGUAAUUGAAGACUAUCUAAUUUCGAAAGCGCGUUAUUAAUGGACGAAGCAGACAAAAAAUGUCUUGCAGUACAGUAUUCAGGUUCUUUCAGAAGAAGUUUUACAUUAUUCUUACUCCACUUGCCUUCUGCCGAAAACCUAAAUUGUUGCUCAGAAAAUUUAUUUUCCAACUUGUAGACAACCAGUGGUAAAACUGUAGGGCUGACAAUCACAUGACAAUUCUUCCCAACAUAGUUGGAAAAUAUUGACUCUAUCAAUUGUUUAAUGCACUCAAAUGUCUGUCGUCUGGAGAAAACGCACUGCGAUUUUAUACUGAUAUUCAUCAAAAUAAAUUGAUUGACUUUAC